GCAGGCAAGCCUAGUCGGCUAGCCUUCUCUGGUAGCACAGAAACGCCAAUUGGAACUUCGAAGACUUUCGUCAGAAAUUUGUGGGCGGAAACUUCCUGAGGGUUGCUGUGAGCUUUUUGAGACCUUCUCAGCUUCGGAUGCAACGUGAGUGGGUGUUUCACAAAGAAGCAAAGAGAGAGGACACAGGAGAGAGGUGUUUCCCUUGACUGUGGAAACUUUAUAAAGAAAACUCACUUACCUUCUCUGGAGCAGUCAACAUCAAGAGUCCUCCUGUUCGCGACACUUCAGUCUCCACACGAUUGAGAGAAAGGAGAACCCUUCCCUGGGGUUGGGUGUCAUGCAGCAGCCCGUGAACUACCCAUGUCCACAAGUCUACUGGGUGGACAACAGUGCCGCCUCUUGGGCUUCUCCAGAGUCAGUUUUCCCCUGUCCAUCAUCUGCGCCUGGAAGGCCGAACCAAAGGAGACCACCACCACCUCUGCCACCACUACCACCUCCAUCACAACCACCACCACCGCCACCACCACCCUUGUUGCCACCACUGCCCCCGCUAAAGAAGAAGGACUACAACACAGAUCUAUGGCUACCGGUGAUAUUCUUAAUGGUUCUGGUGGCUCUGGUUGGAUUGGGUUUAGGAAUGUACCAGCUCUUCCAUCUGCAGAAGGAGCUGGCAGAACUCCACGAGUUCACCAACAAAAGCUUUGAAGUAUCACACUCUGAAAAGCAAACAGGCCACCCAAGUCCACCCUCUGAAAAAAAAGAGCCGAGAUGUGUGGCCCACUUAACAGGCAACCCCAACUCCAAGUCCGUCUCUCUGGAAUGGGAUGACACAUAUGGAAUGGCUCUGAUCUCUGGAGUGAAGUAUAAGAAAGGAGGCCUUCUGAUCAAGGAUGCUGGGUUGUACUUUGUGUAUUCCAAAGUAUACUUCCGGGGCCAGUCUUGCAACAACCAGCCCCUAAACCACAAGGUCUACACGAGGAACUCUAAGCAUCCUAGAGAUCUGGUGCUAAUGGAGGAGAAGAAGUUGAACUACUGCAUGACUGGCCAGAUGUGGGCCCACAGUAGCUACCUGGGGGCAGUAUUCAAUCUUACCAGCGCUGACCAUUUAUAUGUCAACAUAUCUCAACUCUCUAUGAUUAAUUUUGAGGAAUCUAAGACUUUCUUUGGCUUAUAUAAGCUUUAAAAGGAAAAGCACUUUAGAAUGAUCUAUUGUUCCUUAUCAUGGGCACUGGGAACAUUGUCUGGAAUGAGAAUCUUCUCAAGACCAAUUGAGAUUAGUUGAGACUAUAUGAGCCACAAAGACCCUGUGGUCACAAGGUCCAAGCAGUCAGUUAUCCUUAAUUUCCCAGAGGUCCGUGGAGUGGUCCUUAAUGCCUUCAUCAUGAGCCAUAUGGGAGGAGGACUGAGACUGAGGAACAC